AUGGAUAGAGGAUCCCUCCUCACUGAGGUGAUUCUGACUGUGCUUUUCUUCACAGUUGCAGAGACACAAGGCCAAGAUGACACAGAGGUGCCCGUCUGCCCUGAGCACCAGAAGGCCUUCGAUGGCUCCUGCUACGAGUUUGUGGCGCAACGGCGCACCUUCCAGGGGGCCCAGAGCUGGUGCGAGAGAGGAGGGGGGCACCUGGCGUUUAUCCUGAACGACGAGACCCAGCAAUUCCUCCAGAAGCACCUGGAUCCUCAGCAGGACUGGUGGAUAGGCCUGGCUCCAGCCUCCGUCAACCUCACAGAGGACUCUGCAGACACGGAGGGAACUCUCUCGUGGCUGGAUGGCUCUGAUGUCAGCUACUCUAACUGGGUGGAGGAGGAGCCCAUGCUGGGAGCCAGCUGCGGCUUCAUCCUCAGGGAAUCCGGCUUCCUAUGGGAGGCCACCGACAACUGCACCCAGGAGAUGCACUUCUCCUGUGAAUUUGAGACUGGGAGAUCUAUGGCCUGUGCAAACACCAAUGCCACCCUCCAGUGUGGUUCUGGGCAGGUGAUAGAGGUUGAUGACAGCUUCUACGGUCGUAAGACGAUACACUACUGCCAAGGUGUCACAUCCUCCUCGAUCACUUCCGCCUCUCAGGAGGAGUGCAGCUGGGUGGAUGUAGUGGACCAAAUAGCUGGACACUGCCAUGGGCUCCAGGCCUGCCAGGCGUUGGCAGAUCCAUCAUCCUUUGGAGAACCUUGCCCUGGACUAGGGAGCUACUUGUCUGUGGAGUACCACUGUAAAGAUGGGCUUCACCUGAUCAUGGGCAAGCUGGCUGCUGUCUUUGACAACGUGACCAUCCAGGUGAAAUGGCUGCUACACCCGUUCCAGGGCAAUCUGACCUGCACUCUCACCGCUGGAGAUGGCCACACCAUUGACCCUUACAACCCAGAUGAGUCACAAGCCAGUGUGGUGCAUCAGUACAAACAGCCUGGGGUCUUCACCGUGGGGGUGGAGUGCAGCACAAGCGAGUGGCAUGUGACGGCACAGAAGACCAUCACCAUCCAGGAGCCGCUGGGAGAAUUUGGUGUGGUCCACUGUUACAGCGCAGACCAGAUAACCACUGGCCCGAACUGCAAGGCCCUGGCCAACACCCCUUUUACUCUCCAGGUGGAACUGGAGGCAGGAACAAACGUCACCUACAAAGUUCAGUCUGGGAGCAGGGUGCUGGCCCUGUCCUCUGCCACCAUUGGCAGCUCCCCCCACAACAUCACCCUGGAGCGGCCGGACGUGGAGCCGGGCUGCUAUCAGCUGACCCUGCUUGCCUCCAACAACGUGACGGCAGUGGAGCGCUCCACCACCCUGGAGGCCUGUGUUGUGGAGCCAGUGCUGGGCCUGCAGGCGUCCGUGUCCUCCUCCUCAAGUAGUGAUGCUCCGUGCCCCGGGUCAGAUCUCAAUGUCUCCGUGUCUCUGGACAGCGGAGCGCCGGUACAACUGCUCUUCCAGAUUUCUGACAGUGACAAUAACACGGUGGAGGAGGCCAGGCGGAUGGAGAGUGGGCACCUGCAAGUGUUCAACAUUUCGACAAGUGUCCAAGGAAUGGUGCAAGUGAAGGUGAAAGCAUGGAAUCUGUUCUCAGCUGUAGAGCAGGAAGCAGGGAACACAACAGUGGAUUGCCUCCCUGAGACCAAUCCCACUCAAAAUUCAACAGAGGAGCAUGUGAGGCUUCCCAGAGAGAUUACUGAUAUUAUUAUGACUCCUGCCCAACCAACUAUUGAUGAAGACAUUGAACUUAAUGUCAAUGGGAAACCAAACUACGAUAUUCGCUGGCGCUGUGUCAGUCAGAAUUGCACAUGUAAGCAAGAGCAUACGGACAGGCCACAUGUGAUCACCAAGAGCUGCCACCCAAGACCCUAUGAGUAUGAUGUGUAUGUUAUGAAUGGCACACGUACAAGUGGAAAUAAAAUUAUAAGUGGCACUAAAUGUGUGACUGUUAAACCAAAGACAGAUAUCGAUGUCCGCAUAAGGUUGCCAGGAUAUAGUGUGGUUAAUGGAACUCUUAUCUCCAAUUCCAGUAUAAAUGGAGACAGGUCUGGGAGCCACAUAUAUACUAUUCCAUUGUUCGACACCCCAACAACGCCGCAGCUAACAACGCUGCAGCCAACUACGCUGCAGCCAACAACGCUGCAGACAACAACGCUGCAGACAACAACGCUGCAGCCAACUACGAUCCCCACCACUCCACCUAGUGUUUUAACAUGUACGGCCAACCCAACUGCUGGACAUGUUCUUUCUCCCUUUCGAAUCUCAUGUCAAGUAACACAGUCCUUCUGUGUUCCUGGGCCUUGUACCUACUGCCUCAAAACUUUGAAAGGCCAUAAAAUGUAUUGUGGUCAUUAUUCCACCGUGAAGUCUAUUUUUCUGCCAAGAGGGGACCGUAAAAACAACGACAUCCUGACUGUGGUUGCAACUGUGUCGAACCAAGCAAAGAAGACCUUAGACUUCAGAUUUGAUGUCACGGUAACUAAAGCUCAGACGGCGUCGUCUGCAGGGGACCUUCAGAAUGUGGUGGCAAACCAAAUGGCAGAGCUGCUGAAGCAGGGUCAGCUGACAGGCGGAACCCUGGCCCAGCUGUACCAGACUGUAUCUGGUGCCAUUAAUAAAAAUAACAGUGAGGAGGACAAGGGUGCCAGAGAAGAGCUCAGAGAGCAGAUGCUGGCCAAUUUGUCGGUAGCAAUACAAAGCAGCCCUGCUGAGAGCCCAGGAGAGGUAGAGGCAAUAGCUGACGCAGUGGUCCAACUUACCCAGCAAGAGGAUGAGCUCACUACAACAGCACAGGUAAUGGUAAGCAACGUUUUGGCUAAUCUCAGCCAGUCCCUGAGCUCUUUCAGCCCUGAGGAUGAUGGAGGACAACAGAUGCUGGAAGCAGCUACGCCUCUUGUCGAAGCGGCAAGCAACAUCAUUGAGGUCUCCGCAGCAACAGACAAACAGAGAGAGAUCACGGGGAAUCUACUCAAUGCUGUGGAUCAUGUCCAGAGUGCUCUUCUGGUCGGAAAAGACAUCGGUGACGGGCCCACAGUUAUAACUACUCCUAAAAUCAGUCUAUAUGUCAACAGGCUGCCUCCUGGGGAUCUUGUCAGUCAGCCGUUCACUGUCCAGAACAGGAGUGCCGCCAGCUUCACUCUCCCGCCUCUGGAUGCCUCUAUUGUGCCCCCUAAAGCUCCAGUGGACGUCCGGAUGAUGAACCUUGAGACGAAUCCUUUCUCUUGGAACGAUGCUCAUACCAUCAGUAGCAAGGUGGGAGCUCUGUCUCUCACCAAAAAGGACGGCUCCCCCAUCCCAGUUGGAAACCUGACCAAUGAGAUUGAGAUCCUUCUGCCAAGGCCCUUGGCUACAGCGGUCAACAGCACUCUUCUGGAGCUGGGGAACUUCAGCACCAUCAUGAUCAACGUGACGUCACCCAACGUGUCCCUGGUGCUGAAGAUGGAGCCAUCGGAGGACAUCACAUUGCACCUGCUGAUUGGCUACGAGGAGUACCCCAACAGCACCCACUACGAGGCGCACACCUACCUGCCCCACCCGGACACCACAGGAGAGGAGAGGUACACAUGGGUGUUAGGCCCCAAGACUAUGGCCAUAGAUGUGGGCGUAUACUACCUGCUGGUGAGGCCGGUUGUGGAGGCUGGAGUCAACUCUACCAAUGCCACAGUAGCAGUCACAUCCAUCGCUGCCGAGUGCGUGUAUUGGGAUGAGGCCAAGUCGAACUGGAACGACUACGGCUGCAGGGUUGGCCCUCUGACUACACCCCUGGUCACUCAGUGCUUAUGUAACCACCUGACAUUCUUCGGGAGCUCCUUCUUCGUCAUGCCCAAUGUGGUGGACGUCACCCAGACGGCUCAGCUUUUUGCCACCUUUUCCGACAACCCGGUGGUGGUGUCUUUCAUUAUAUCCAUCAUCCUGCUCUACUUCAUCGUGGUCAUAUGGGCACGCCGGAAAGACAUUAAGGACGUCGCCAAGGUGAAGGUGACUGUGUUGGAGGACAAUGACCCCCUGGCAGAGUAUAAGUACCUGUUGAACAUCAGCACUGGACACCGCCGAGGGGCCUCCACAUCAUCUCAGGUGGCUGUGACCUUGCAGGGCACUGAGGGAGAGAGUGAGCCGCACCACCUGACUGACCCAGGCAAGGCCGUGUUCGAGAGGGGGGCGGUGGACAUGUUCCUCCUCACCACGCCCUUCUCCCUCGGGGAGCUCAGGGGCAUCCGCUUUUGGCAUGACAACUCAGGAGACGACCCUGGCUGGUACAUUAACAAGGUGAUGGUGCAGGACAUGGAGACGGGGCAGAAGUGGCACUUCCUCUGUAGCUCCUGGCUCGCUGUAGAUGUGGGAGAGUGCGUCCUGGAUAAAGUCUUCCCUGUAGCCACAGAGAUGGAGCUGAAGGCAUUUAGCAAUCUGUUCUACAGCAAGACGUUGAAAGAUUUCCGCGAUGGGCACAUCUGGUUCUCGGUAGUCAGCCGUCCCCCGAACAGCAACUUCACCUGCGUGCAGCGCGUCUCCUGUUGCUUCUCCCUACUGCUCUGCACCAUGCUCACUAGCAUCAUGUUCUACGGCGUCCCCACGGACCCUGCUGAACAGACCAUGGACUUGGGUCACAUUGAGUUCACUUGGCAGCAGGUGAUGAUCGGUGUGCAGAGCUCCAUCAUCAUGUUUCCCAUAAACCUCCUGAUCGUCAGCAUCUUCAGAAACACACGGCCUCGAGAGAAGAGGUCCAAGAAGGCCAAAAAGGACAAGACCAAGACCAAAAAAACAGACCCUCGCAAACAGGCCAAGAGUGGGCGCGUGUCCCCAAGCCAGCCACCCUCACCUGAAAGCCUGCACAGGGAGCUAACACCAGAUGCUGUUAUCAAGGACAUCAAAAGAAUAGCUCAGUCCCUAUCCAAGGUGAUGAAGAACCCUCUGCCCCGGAUCGAUGUGACGUCUGGCAAGAGCCCAGACAUAAACACUCUUUUGUCGCUCGUGGAGGACAUCAUCCGACAGCAGAACCGUGCAGGGGACAAGUUUUACUCAGACGACUCCAAGUUCACUGUGUCUUUGGAAGACAAUGGUUCCUCGGACACUACGAAGAAGGCGGUCAGUGACGGCCAGAGGAACAGCCUCUAUAGCCAGUACCUGUAUCGGCAGCUACAGCACGUGGAGAAGGAGCUGGGCCUGCUGGGACCCUCCCGCUUCUCCAACCCCGAGAGCUACAACCAGGCCGUGCAACAGGUGAGGGGCAUGAAGGGUCUUCUGGAGCCCCAGCUGUCCUCCACCUCCUCCAGUGCUGACCAUCGGCCUCACAGCCCGGAGGACGGCUCAGACGAGGCAGCAGCAGCAGGGUCCAGGAAGUGCUGCCAGGGAGGACUGCCCUGGUGGUUUGUGUUCGUCGGCUGGCUUCUGGUGCUGGCGACGAGCGGGGUGUCUGCGUUCUUCACCAUGCUGUACGGCCUGAAGUACGGUAAAGAGCGCUCCGUCAGCUGGCUCAUCUCCAUGGUCGUCUCCUUCUUUGAAAGCCUCUUCAUCACCCAGCCCUUGAAAGUGAUUGGUUUUGCGAUAUUCUUUGCGCUGGUCCUGAAAAAAGUUGACCAGGAGGAAUAUGAUGAUGUGCCUAUUGAUGGAUCCCUACCAAAUGCAGGUGAUCCGGAUGCUGUGCGGACUGCAAGACGGGACAGCACUUGCAGCUUCUACCAGCCUCCACCCCCCUCAGACAUCGAGAAGAUGAAGCAGAACAUGAUCAAGGAGCAGAAAGUCUUUGCUCUCAUCAGAGAGAUCCUCAUCUACAUGGGGUUCAUGUGGAUGCUGCUUCUGGUUGCCUAUGGGCAGCGAGAUCCCAAUGCCUACUAUCUGACCCAGCACGUGCAGCGGAGCUUCAGUAGUGGCAUCACAGAGUCCAUGAGCCACCAGGAGGUGUUCACAUGGGUCAACAACUCACUCCUCGGCAACAUCUUUGGACAGUACCCCGGUUUCAUCACCGAUGGAAACUCCAAAAUGAUUGGCAGUGCUCGCCUUCGCCAGGUGAGGGUGCAGAAGGACUCCUGCCGCAUCGCCCGCUCCAUGCGGCGCUCCGGCGCCGACUGCCACGCGCCCUACUCCUGGGAGAUAGAGGACAUGGGCUCCUACGGACCGGGCUGGAACCGCUCCAAGGACAUGAUGAAUGACUCGCAGAUACAUACAGACACUGCCCCCUGGCGGUACCUCAGCCAGUCCAAACUCAGAGCACAUCCCAUCUGGGGCGGCGUGGCCGUGUACAGAGGAGGGGGCUUUGUGGUGAACCUGGGGCCCGACCAGCCGAAUGCCACAAGUGUGCUUCAGUACCUAUUUGAUAACAGAUGGCUGGAUGUGUACACGCGUGCCAUCUUUGUGGAGUUUACUGUUUACAAUGCAAACGUGAACCUUUUCUGCAUCGUCACACUCAUGCUGGAGACAACAGCUGUGGGUGCAUUCCAGUAUCGCAACGAGAUACAGACUGUUCGUCUCUAUCAGUCGACGGGCGGCCUUCACAUUUUCGUCAUGGCCUCUGAGGUCAUCUACUUUCUAUUAAUCUUCUACUACAUGUAUGUUCAGGGCAAACUGAUGAAGCAGCAGAAGUGGAAGUACAUCAAGACCAAAUGGAACCUUCUGGAGCUGGCCAUCAUCAUCCUCAGCUGGAGUGCCCUGUCCGUCUUCAUCAAGAGGACGUUACUCGGCAACAGGGACCUGGAAUUUUAUCAAAACAACAAGGGCCAAUUCACCAGUUUCCAUGAGACGGCGACAGCAGAUGCAGCACUGGGCUACCUGAUUGCCUUCCUGGUUCUCCUGUCCACCAUAAAGCUGUGGCAUCUGCUGCGGCUCAAUCCCAAACUGCACCUAAUCACCGCCACCCUCCAGAGGGCCUGGGCCGACAUCUCGGGCUUCCUGCUGGUUAUGACCAUCAUGAUCCUGGCCUACUCCAUCGCUUGCAAUCUAAUGUAUGGCUGGAAGCUGUACUCAUAUCACACUGUCCUUCAUGCGGCACGGACUAUGGUCAGCUUACAGCUUGGUAUCUUCAACUAUGAUGAGGUGUUGGAUUAUAACCCUGUUCUUGGUGCGUUCCUAAUCGGAUCCUGCAUCAUCUUCAUGACCUUUGUGGUGUUAAACCUCUUCAUAUCUGUCAUCCUGGUGGCAUUUAGUGAAGAGCAACGUCAUCACAAGCCCUCUGAAGAGGAGGAGAUAGUGGAUAUGAUGCUGAUGAAGAUCUGCAGUCUGUUCGGGAUUAAGAUCAAGAAGAAAGGUGAAGACUGCGGUGCAAAAGACACAAGCAAUCCUGGACCAUCCGUCAUAUCGUGAAACUGCAAUUGUUACUUCAAAAGUACAGCUGCCAAAUCUAUGUUAUAACUAUAAUAGUACGAUUACUGCAUGUAAAAGCAUGUGAGAGCAGGAAAUAUCUUCAGCUUUUUGCUCCAAGUGUGCUAACUUAACCCUCUUGAAAGACAGCACACCUAAUACUUGGGGUAGUUGUGACAUGGUAUAGUCAUAGUGCAUCUUCAUACAUGGAUGUCAAUGUGUUGCUUUCCUUCAUGGAGGUUUUGGACAUUGUAAACAGUUUGUUGUUUCUGCCAAACGUUUGUGAAAUCACUUAUGAAUCAUCUAACUAAACUAGUUAGUGCUUCAGUGAAAUAUAUGUGAUUGUGACGUAUAAUAAAUUCCUUCAGGACAAAAAUGUGUGGAGUAUUUCAUAGUAUUGUAAUACAUAAAUGCAAUACAUUCAGGGUGAAGAGGAGAGAUUUUGAUUACCUGCAGACGUUCAAAGCAAAGAGUAUGUUCAGUUCAUACUGGUUCUGUGCAUUUCACCAUCAACCCGUGUAAGGGUCAUUGACAUUUUUUUAAGUAGUCAGGUGGCGCACCCACAGCUAAUGCCACUAUGACAUGCAUUCAUUUAAGAAAUAUAUUCCAUGUCAAUGAAACAUAUUGUAGAAUCAAUCGAUGAACAAACUUAACACAAUGGUGACAUUAACUGUGGUUGCACCACCAUGACGACCACUUCUAAAAACAUCCAUAACCCAUAAAGCAAAAUUUAGACAAAUGCAAGAUUUCAUAAACAAUAUUUCAUUAAUACACCAUUCUCUUUCCAACCAAAAAAAUAGCUACAUUACGGUUUCAUGAGUUAGUACUGAAACUCUGUUCUUCUAUAUUUUGCAGAUAUGGUUGUGUUGAGUAUUUAGAAUUAGAGAAUAUCCUGCCAAA